AUGUACGCAGCAUGCGGAAGCAUCAAACCAAAUGUGUUGAGGCCCGGCCAAGAACAUUCUGCGCAAGUUGGCGCGCGGAGUGCGGUGGACCAGCAUGAGCCGCACUGCGGAAGCGCAUCUGCACCCGGUCUCAAGCCCUCGGGUCUCUGUCCCACCAACCAUCAAAUCCACCGAAUCCCCCUUUCACCACAUCCCCAUUCACUUCCCCCCUGCACCCACACCAGCCAAUCCUCACAUCUCGAGGUCCAUUCAAUAAUCUGGGACACUUCAUUCUACUCUAGUCAAUCCUACUUCAACAUGUCAUAUGGUGGCGGUUACGGCGGAGGCGGCAACUCAAGCGGCUAUGGUAUGCACAAACUCAACAUGAUCUUCAUCCUGACCGGCCGCUUACUUUCACUACUCACGCACUUCACAGGCCUUGGCAGCGGCUUGGGACGUCCCAAGUGGGAUAACUCGACCUUGACCAAAUUCGAAAAAAACUUCUAUGUCGAAGACUCACGGAUCAGCGCUCGUUCGGAGCGUGAAAUCGACCAAUUCCGUGCCGAAAAAGAGAUUCAGGUGUUCGGGAAGAAUAUUCCCAAGCCCGUCUCGAAUUUCAGCGAGGCGGGUUUCCCGGACUACAUCAUGAGCGAGAUUCGCAACGCUGGAUUCAAUGCCCCGAGUCCCAUUCAAUGCCAAGCUUGGCCCAUGGCCCUCAGUGGUCGCGAUGUGGUGGCCGUUAGUGCCACCGGAUCGGGAAAAACCAUUGCCUUUUCUAUCCCGGCCAUGAUCCACAUCAAUGCCCAACCCCUCCUAGCUCCGGGCGACGGACCCAUCGUUUUGAUCCUUGCCCCAACUCGUGAGCUGGCCGUGCAAAUCCAAGGCGAAUGCACCAAAUUCGGAGCCUCGUCCCGCAUCCGGAACACGUGCGUUUACGGAGGCGUUCCCAAGGGCCAACAAAUUCGAGACCUCACUCGCGGGGCAGAGAUUGUGAUCGCCACUCCCGGUCGUCUGAUCGAUAUGCUCGAAAGUCGCAAAACAAAUCUGCAUCGAGUCACGUAUCUUGUCAUGGACGAGGCAGACCGCAUGCUCGAUAUGGGUUUCGAGCCUCAGAUCAAGAAGAUUGUCGAGCAAAUCCGACCCGAUCGUCAAACGCUCAUGUUUUCGGCUACCUGGCCCAAGGAGGUCCAGCGAUUGGCCAGCGAAUAUCUGAAGGAUUUCAUCCAGGUCAACGUUGGAAGUCUUGAACUCACUGCCAACAUCAACAUCACCCAAAUUGUAGAGGUGUGCAGUGACUUCGAGAAGAGAGGCAAGCUGAUCAAGCAUCUCGACAAGAUCUCAUCCGAAUCCGCCAAAGUACUUAUCUUUGUCGGAACAAAGCGAGUGGCCGACGAUCUGACCAAAUAUCUGCGUCAAGAUGGAUGGCCGUCACUUGCGAUUCAUGGUGACAAGCAGCAGCAAGAACGUGAUUGGGUGCUCGAGGAGUUCAAGAGUGGCCGUAGUCCUAUCAUGAUCGCCACCGAUGUCGCCUCGCGUGGUUUAGACGUCAAAGACAUCGCCUAUGUUAUCAAUUAUGACAUGCCCAACGGUAUUGAAGACUACAUCCAUCGGAUCGGUCGAACCGGGCGUGCUGGCCGAACAGGCACAGCCUACAGCUAUAUUAGCGCCGAUCAGAGCAAGCUGGCCCGAGAGUUGGUCAAGAUCCUCAAAGACGCCAACCAAGUUAUUCCGGAGGAGGGGGUGGUAGAUAUGGCGGCGGAGGUUCCGGUGCGAACUCUUACGGCAUGGGCCGCGGAGGUGGCGGAGGUGGCGGUUCACGGUGGUAAUAUGCUGUGA